UUAUUGAUAUCUAACAUUUCAUCUGAUUCACUUGAAGAUGAAGUUGUUGAUUUUAUCCAAACAAAAUAUUUUAAGCAUGGUAACAUGGGGAUUCGGCGAAACAUCAAAAACAAAAAACAAUACAAUCUUCGACAGUACAAAUUCGUGCAUGUGUGUAAUUGACCUUCAUUGGAAAUUCAUUUUUGCGCCUGAGAGAUUCAACAAAUUUUCAUGGGAUAUAUCAUUUGCAAAUCUGGUUUCAUUUAAUUUGAUUAUGGUGGUCAUCGGUGUUGGAUUAUUGACUGCCUUUGAAAUUUGGUAUGAGCAGAUCGUCGCUUCAAUUGUGCCAGUCUUGACACUAAUAAGUGCCAUUCUUUUGAAUUGUGCUUCCAAUACUGACGGCGAUCUGUUGAUGCGGUGCAAUGUUUAUCGCGAUUGCAUUGACAACAUACUAUUUGAAAAAAUGCAUGAAACUGAAAGA